CAGAGGCGAAUAGCGGACAGGGCAGAGAGAAGGACCUGAAGCAGCGCACCUGAACUAAACUGGGAGCAGAAAAACUAAGAGAGAGAACAAUACAACCCGCCGUCAAUAUUACAUUACCGCACGAGAGACAACACCGUCUAACUCUAACUUAGCGCUUAUCCUCGAAGUGAAGAUGCAGAUUAAAGUAACGACCUUGACGGGGACUUGUUACCCCGUGGAAAUGGAUCCCAGCGCCACAGUGGGGCAGUUGAAGCAGGAGAUCGAGCGUCGAUUCAGUGUUCCACCGUUUAUGGAACUGGCGAUGCAGAAGAACGGGCACAAAGACCUGGAAGACGAGGGGAGGCGGCUGAGCGAGUGCGGGCUGGAGCACGGAGACACCGUGGUGAUGGUGGUCACCGAGCCAAAGUCCAUGCAAGUCUUCUUGCGGAAUGACAAAGGCAAGACGCAUACAUACGACAUCUUCCCGGGGGAGACGGUCACCGAGUUCCGGCAGAAGGUUUAUCGGGUGGAAAAGGUUCCACCGGAUCAACAGGUGCUCCUCUAUGAAUCCAAGCCGCUUCAAGACGGCAGGAAAUUGGAGGAUUAUAACAUCAGGCCCCAUACUACCAUCACCUUGAACCUGCGUCUGAGAGGAGGCUAAGUGCAGCGCUGCGUCCAGUGCCUUCCAGAGAUGCUUAUCAUCUUUGAAUUACACCAUGGACCUGAUCUAUAAAAGCACAAUUACAGUGCUACUGAUUAUCCUUAAUACAGUGACUGUGGAGCUGCGUAUGACUUAAUUGUUUAGCAUUUACAUAACAUACUGUAAACAACCCCCCCCCCCCUCACAAAAAAAUAA